UGCGCGCAGGUGUCGCUGGGCAGAUCUUUUAGCAAGUCCCGAACAUCUGAUCGAGUCAGUGAAGUGUAACUUGGAGAAGGUCGAGGAAGCUAGCUUUGAUAAGAAUACAUCACAGACAGAAAUAGGUUUGGAUGUAAGAAACCAACCAGACAGUAAAAGACAAGUUGUGGUAAAAGACUUUCCACUCAAGGAAGUUCCUCUCAGAUGUAAAGCACAUGACAACAACGACAAUAAUUUGGUGUCAGGAGCGGGACCUGUUUUGAAGAAAGCGGAUACUAAUGUAGAAAGUAACAGUCAACAAAGUGGAGAUAUGGUUGCCGAAACAGUGUUUCCAGAAGUGACAAAAUUUAUAAGCAACACUUUAAAACAUAGACGACAAAGUGUAGAUGAAUUGAAUCAAAAUAUAAAUGAGUCACAGAAAUUUUUGGGAAAAUUAAACAAUAAGGCCAAAAAGUUGAGCUGUUUGCAAGACCCUGAAGGUAUUGUUGACGAAUUGUCACGCAUAAAGAAACUGAAAGAGGAUUUGGCUGCUGUGGAAAAGUCUUUGAAGAAAAGAUUGAGAAAUGAGCAGAAUGCAUGUGAUGUUUCAGGGAUUGAAAAUAUUCCACCACAAAAUAUAGUCCGUUCAGAUUUAGAGACCAGGUCAAGCUGUGGUGACAGCCUGGUAAUACACAAACAAAAAUCUGACAUUUCACAAAAGAUACAGUCAAGCAAUUGUCAGAGUUCUGCAGAUAAUGCAUUGCUACCCCUUGAUUUGUCUGUCAAGUCUGUCACAACUGGAUGUAUAUCAGACAGUUUUCCCCCUUGUGAUAAAACAUUUGAGUCGUCGGAGAACGUGGAUGUUCAUCUAACUCCAUUCAUCACUAAGAAGGUGGAAGACUUAAAACUGAUAGAGACCAUAACCUUCUCAGGUGAAUCAAAAGGAACAGGAGAAAAGCAGCUGACGUGUUCUGAAUUGGAGGCGGCAAAAAAACAAGACAAUCAUUGCUGCGCUCAAACUUCAAAAACUUCAGUUUCUUUGACAAAGCCGUGGUCUGGCGACGCGGUGGCCCCUCACUUUGGUGGUGUUGAUCUUAAGAUUGUGUCUCCAGUUGCGGAGAAAAAAACACCCCAGACGACGUCUACCUGUGUGGAUGGCUUAGACGGAGAUUUUGUGGCACCUCCUAUCUGGACACCGCUGGCUUUACAAUCGGUUGGUGCCUUAACUUUGCCCCGCCCUUGCCCUGAGGCUGAGAAGGGUUCCCACGCUGUCUCAAUGGUCGUGGAUGCGGGAAGGUGUCAGUCAAACGAUGAUUCACACAGGCUGCUGUGUUUUGAAAGUCAGUCUCAAUCAGCAUCUUGCAUCCAUCACUCAGCAGUAGACAGUGAAGAUGGUAGCAGAGCUAGUAGACACCUAGCCUUCUCAGACUGCAAGUCUAUGACUCAUACCUCUGGCUGCUAUCUCCCUGCCAGCUCUCACAACUCUGCUGCAAUACCAGUGCUACCAGAACACCAGCCCGCAGCUCAUGUUCUGCAUAAAUGUGGUCAAGCCACACCGGCGGGACACAACCUCCAAGACUCGGCUAAAGAUGGACACGCAGAUGCAGAGAUUUCACGAAAAGACCAUCGUCUGUCCGAACAGUUCGCUUUCAACUCCUCAGGUGCCAAUCCAGACUCGGGUGCUUCUUGCCAGCCGUUGUUUGAAACUCCGGAUUUUCUUAGAUCUCCUUCUUUGCACUCCAGCAGUAAUUUUUCAGAGAAAUCCAGUCCACUUCAUCAGGCAGAGCAGUUUCAAGGUCGCCUACAAACAUUCCAAGGUCACGGUUGUUUUCAGCCGAGGACGGCGGAAAAAACCGUUGCCUGGUGAUAGUUCCAAAGCUGAAGCGCCUGACCAGCACGCCAUCAGGCCUCAGGGACGUCGUAUUUUCUCCGGGCAGCAGCUCCGCCCAGCGACGGGUCACCCCACCGCUUAGCUCUGAGGUCGGGUCCUUGUCUUUGACUGGAAAUCUGUGGAGGAGUCGCCGGCCUGCGGCAGUAGUCAGCCCCACCAGGCCAGCACAGCGCCACCUCACAGGGCGCCUGCAGGCUUCUCAGCAGGUGUAUCUAGAGAUGUUACUGGACGAAGAAUGUGCCCUUUUCACCUGCUGCCGACGCCCCGAGCCCACGGAGGACACCCGGUGCCCCAACCCUGUAGCUAGGCUUCUGUCAGAGGGAGAUUCCAUGCAUUUCCUGCCGAUCUCAGACGAUUAUCACAGGGAGAGUGCUCAGUUGGCGGGAUCGGCCUUCAGCACCUACACCCCCGUCCAUACACGCAGCAUGGAACGUCCUAACUGAUGAGCUGACCAGUAUGGAGACAGGAAAAAUGGACCAGUCCAGAGUGGACAGAGAUCUAUAUUAACAGUCACGAGCCACAUGCACAUUUGUCUUCUUGCUCUGUUUUGGGCAACCAUUACCUGAUGAUGUGGUGGUCACACCUGGAUGAAUGCAGGUGAUCGGAGACGACAGGUGAGCUGUGUGAUUAGCACAGCUUCCUUUUAGUCUGGUGUAACUAGGCAUUCUUGCUGUCUGUUGGCCAACCAUCUUGUAAGGAAUAUGGCAACUUUUACCUGACAAUGUGGUGAACACACCUGGAUGAGUGGAGACCACAGGCGAGCUAUGGUCAGUACAGCUUCCUUUGUUCCAAGAAUAAUAUGGCUCUUUUUAAACUUCCUGAGUCUAACAAUCUGGAGGUCAGUCAUAACAGUAUGUCUUGAGCAGGAUUGGGUUUUUUUUUUGCUACUUUGUUGUUGUCGUACUUGUGUCUGGUCAGAGCAAAUGCCUGGAACUGGGAAUUUCAAGAUUGGCUUCUGAGGUUGAGAUUUGACUUUACAGGUUUUAUCUGCACUUAGUUUAUUAGGAUGAUAUGACCAACAGAUGAACAAGGGAGACAUUGACUCAUUUGAUUGUACACAAAUUGUUUUGGACCAACGGUAUGGUUUGUUAUGUUGUGAAGACUCCUGAAGCAUUUGCCUGUAGCCAGUAGGUAUGCAGCAUUGUGCAAUUAUGUCAGAUCUCAUCACUGAUUGGACAGAUUGGUCAGGAGAUGAACCAAUGAAAACAAUCUCAAGGAAAAAUAGCCAAAAUAUGUAUACAUAAUGGUUUGUUUACUUGUUUAUACCCCUUGAUUUACAAAGAGGAUGACAAGAUUGUACUGAAUCAAGUCUGGGCAAGAAAGCUGCAAAUUUAUCUACUGAUUUGUUGUUAUAUUGAUUUUUUGUUGUUUGUUUUUUUUUCCUUUAUAAAAGGAUUCUGUCCUGGUGAUGUUUUACUUUUUGUAAAUCAGAAGGAAAAUGAAAUAAUAUUUGUAAAAAAUGAUGAUAGGCACCUCGGUGUUUAGCAUCAUUCAGAUUAAUUUUGAUCUCUAAGACGUGAAAAGCCCUUGUCUUAAAACAACCAUGUUGGUGUAAUGUGAUUGAAAGUUUCACAGUUUUGAAGACAUGAGGAUGCAUUUGUUUUCAUUUUAUUUGUACAGGUACACAUGUAACAUAUAAAUUAUGUUACAUGUAAAUUUCACAUGUAAAUUUUACGUCAUUUUUGAUUCGGUCUGUGUUUAAUAAUUGCUAGGUUUAGUGAACAGAAUGUUCAACUUCCUUUUUUUGUCACAUAAAUAAUCCCAUAUGCUGAGUUAAUACCAGUUUUAAUUCACUUUUUGCAUGUCAGACAUUUUCUCAUUUUUUUUUGUUCUUUUUUAUUAAGUUCAUAUAAACAAUAUUGUAGGAAUACUGAACAUCUGUUUUCGUGGAUACUACUCAUUAAACACUGAUAAAAUAAAUCAGUGUGUUCAUUUUUUUUUCUUCCAGUGGCAGCAGCUUUGUAAAAUUUGUGAGCAACAACACAGUUGACUGAACUAUUCUAUACUGUAACCUAUCAUCUACAUGUGUGUGUGGUAAAGCUGUCAUAUCACAGUUUGAAACUUUGAGAAAGUGCACAUAUUGACUACAUGUACCUUGUAACAUUUUGUGAAUAUCCAAUUAUUACAACAAAACGGGAAUGUUUUUUUUGGUUUUUAUUUGUUUUUUUGCCUUCACGCAAAUAUUAGUGGUAUUGGAGCAUUUUAUAUAGUUAUGCGACAGCACUUGUAUCACCUGACCAUGAAUGAUGUGGGAGUUUUAUAUUCCUUUCAUGAUUGGUCGACUAAAGCUGAUGGCGCUCAGCCAAUCAUGCAGGAGUUUUUUUUGUAUUUCUUUCAUGAUUGGUCGACUAAAGUUGGUGGCACUCAGCGAGUCAUAGAGGAAUUUUCUUUAUAUUCAUUUCAUGAUUGGUCGACUAAAGCUGGUGUCACUCAAUCAAUCAUAUGGAGGUUUUCUUUAUAUUCUUUUCAUGAUUGGUUGACUAAAUAACAUGGUGUCUUCUAAAUAUCAGUCAGAUAUGGUCUUAAACAGUGUUUUGAUUUGCGAAAAGAUUUACAUUUGCAUGUUUGUAGCUGGUUUUCACACACUAAAAGCUAGAUUAUGUAAAAUUCAUCUGUGUAAUUAUAGUUUGUGAUUAAUUUUUUAUUUGAUGAACAAUUCACAAGAAGGCAUGUGCUUCUCAGUUAUACAUGUAUGUUAUAUUACUACAUGUAUGACAGUGUGUUGACCAAAUGUGUAUUAAUUUUCUGUUCAGCCAUAUAUGCAAUGGCCAGUUUUUCCAGGAAUAGCAUGAAAACAGUAGAAACCAAUUUCACAUAACCUUCAUAAAAAAUGAUGUUGCCUAGGUUGCAACAACUCAAGCUAAAGGGAUUCGUGAGAAAAACAGCAUAACACUUAGAUUUUUAAAAUGAUGAAAUUUUUACAGCAAGAAAAAUGUUUAUGCUCGAUCACAUGUUUACAGCAUAUUAUUUUUUUUUCUUAAUUGUUCAAAGAAAUGCAAACUUAUUGCGAUGACUGUAUAUUCUUUUUUUUUUUUUUUUUAAUGGCUGACUGUAAUCCUUGUAACUUGUGAUAUUUACAUAGUUUCUUCUCGAGUUCACUCAUUACCUGAAACUGCUGUUGUUGAAUAUCUGUAAUUAGUGGGUUUCAAUUCGGGUUAAGCUUGAAUCAGAACAGAGUUUAUAUUUGAGAUAAUGCUAAAGCCAAAGCUUCGUUUUGAGGAAAGAUUUAGUGAAUAUUAUUCACCUAUUUGAUGUGGUCUUAAAGUGUUCGUUUGGAAUUUCUUUGUCAGCCACAAAUCCAGCUAAAGGUUUUUAAGAAUAUUGUUUAAUUUAUUUCCAUUACUGAUUUUGUUGUGCUGAAUCUUCAAAUAUCAUUUUUGGUUGCAAUCCUGGCGUUAAUUCGGGCAUUUCUGUGUUUUGGUCUUGCAUUGUCAUCAGUUAGGUCAAGUGGGAUUACAUACUCUCUCUUGCUCCGCCUGGCACACAAACAGGGGAGAUAACUGAGCACAUGCAACAGCAUGUUUAAUAUGUUACUGAUAAAGAACACCUUUAGUGUAGAUUUUGAUUGUUGUCCUUAUCAUGAGAUAAAUGACUUUCAAAACGGAGCAAAAGCAGUGUUUGAAUGAAGUAAAUAUAUGCACAGUUCAGCAUGGAUUAGCAGAAUCCAUGGUUUAAGAUAAUCAAAGUAGGGGUAAAUAUGCAUAUUUUGAUAGUCGGAGACAUAUCCCUUACUGCGCAUGUGCUGCUCACUUAUUCACUUUAUAUCACUGCCACCGAUAGACGAGCUUGACAUUGGGAGCCUCUGCGACACACGUAUGCUUGUUUAAACUUAGCCUCAUCACUGACGCCCUUGCACAGAACUGUCUAAUAAAGAUUCAGCUAUAAAACAGUUUCAUUUGUUGGUUAGAACCAUGCUGUAUAAGCUUGAGACAGAAUACGUGUGUUUUCUGAUAUCACUUCCUGCCUCAUCACUUCGACCCCAGUGACAUUAGGGUGGUUCAAGAUUUCUGUACAAAAAAUUUGGCUUAGUGGUGGCAGUGAUGUAAAGCGGACGCAGAGAGCGAGGGAAACUGUUACACCCAGCUGUAAUUGCUGUACAGGAGGACAGAAUUCAGCGAUGCCAGUACAAAGCAGUUUGUGGAAGUGGCGGUCAGUUGAAUUGGCCUGGUCCAGAUUAGGUGAUCUGACAUGGACGAGACAUUAGACAUGGGCUAAGAUGUUAUCUUUGUAGCUUUGGUGAUACAGGGUUUUCUGCAGGAACUGUUGAAAAAAGGAGGUCAGGACUGACAAGUAAACAGCUGAAGUGACUAAUUAGAGUAUAAUUAGCCUGUAGAGUUAAUCAGUCACAGUGCGCAUGGUAGGCUGCUGAAUUGAGUGUGAUCCGUUGAGGUGACAUUUUUUUUAAUCCCCUGAGGCGGCGCUAGUGUGAAGUAAAACUUUGAGCCAUUUAUGCGUCAGACAAUGGAUUGUAGCGUAACGUCUACACCGUUACAAUGUAUCAGUUUCUGUUGUAAUGGUGCGCUGUAUUUAAUGUGACAUCAUCAUGAUUAACCGGGAAAGGAACAUUUGACGUCAGUAAAAUGUCAUGAGCCUGCUGCCGGGCGUUUGACAGGUCCCAAUUAUAGUGAAACACUGUGAAGUUACGGUACCCCAAUUAAACGGCUGAAAUGACUGAUUAUACCAGAAUGACUGUGGAGUUACGGCUGAAAUGGCUGUAAUUAUAGUGGACUACUAUGGAGAUAUAUAAUUGCACUAUCCACGGCUUAUUGUGCCCUUCCACUUGCCAAAACUUUAAAAAACGCUUGUCUAAAUUUCUGCGGUUCCCUCUGUAGAUUGGUACUAAUGUCCUGGAUGUGACUUUUUUAUGUGAAGUUCGGGUAUUUGUUUGUUCACACUGACGACAGCCUUUGUGCUGGAAACUCCCUGAUUAUCACCUUCAUCAUCAUCACUGGUUUGAUUAUGGUGUUUUUGGGCUACCAUUGACCCAGUUUCGUAGCCAUAUCGAUGUAGCGCUAGGUCUCAUGUGGAACUUGUUCGGUCCUGCUGUACAAUGCUGAUCAUCGUUACAUAUGCCUUACUGGGCUUUGUUAUCACGACAGGAAGAGUUUGAUGGUGGUGUUCUGUUCAUUAUUUGUUUGAUUUUGUUCUAUAUAUAAAUACAUGUGUUGUCUUUGUGUCUGCUGGUAUCAGAUGCAUGACCACUCAGUCAUAUAAACAUAUUCUGUUUUUCUCUAUUACCAUCUUCUUUCAGACCCGUUGACCUUGGGUGUAAAAUGUAAAAAGCACUUUUUUUCAGCAGAUUUUUAAGUCAAGUAACGUAGUUACAAAAAGCAGUGAAAUGGUAUCAUUCUUCAUGUUCAGGUAUCGAAAAAAUGACUACUUAUCUGGAAAGAUGGAGAUUCCUAAGGAGAUUUUAAAGAAGUCAAAUUUCAGAUUGUCUUAGAUUUUUCACCCCGGUGAUGAUUUGCUGUUAUAAUAGAAUGUGUACUGUAAAUCACCUGUAAUGUGACGUAAGUAUCAGUGAAUUAAUCACCCUGCUGACGAAGAGAGUGAAAAGUCAUGUGAAGUUGUACGAUUUACUGUAUUAGACCUGGUGAUCCACUUAUUAAUUUGAUGUAACACCCAAAGUAGUGUAACUGCGAAUGACGAAAUGCUCAUUUUUGCUCAGUAUUUAAGUCAAAAUGAGCCUUUUCGGAGUUACACUAUUACUGUAUUACUGUAUUAAAUCACCUGACUUUAAUCACCUGAUUAAAGUGAUUUACUUUAAUAUCAUAACUCCAAGUGAUUUUUUAGCCAAUAAUCACCCUUCUGUAGUACUGCGGGACGAUAACAUAGUGUUCUUUUAGAUUUUUGCUUUUUUCCCUUACCACAGGAAAAUGGCUGUCUUUGUAGUAGAUAGCUUAACCUAUGCACUAUGUACAUUAUACAGGCAGAUUGUGUUGUGUGUAUGCAUAACCCUUUUAUCUACAUUUGUUGUAUUGUAACAGACAUUUUGACUGUAAACUACUGGGAUUGUCGGGAGUGUUUCAUCUCACCUAAAGCAAAUGUUAAUGUGUACGGGCCUGUAUGCAGGUAUUAAUAAGCUGUUUCAGACAGUUUGUUUACAUCUGGUAAUAUUUAAUAUUAUUUUAGUAAAUCUGUAACUGAUAUACGCAACAAUGAAUGAAGAGGAUAUGUAAGCCGUUUUUCCCAGUGGUUGAAUUAGAUGUAUAGGGAAUUGAUACCUGUGCAGAAUAAAAUAUAUG